AUGGCCGAGAAACCAGAAAUCAAACGCAUCAAGGAGGAGCUAGAUAAGGACACCAGAGAUGUAUCGGAUCUAUGGAACGAGGCGCUACGAAACUACAAGGGUAUUGUCGGCGAGGGUCUUGUGCCGACGUACACCAGUGUGGGCGAGAUGAUCAAGACUGGUACAGAGCAGAUGAAUGCCUUCCAUAAGUUUCGCCACGACAGCAAGAAGGUGGAUAAGCUGCGCAGCUUGUUCGCAUCAAACUUGGAUUAUAUUGAGAAGGGUGCGCAGCAGAUCAUCGCUGCGGCAACUCCAGCGUUCCCUCCUGCGGCCGCGAUCGGGACAGCGCUAACUUACAUGCUUACAGCUUGCAAGCAAGUCUCAGCCGAUUACGAUGUGGUGACAGCUUUCUUCGAAGACAUGAAUGCAUUCCUUCAGCGCAUUACAAUUCUCGAGUCGAGGCUACCAAGUUAUCCGGCGUAUCGCAACUGCUUGAUGGACGCUUUUACUUCCGUCUUGGAAAUGUGCGGAUUUGCAACGAAGUACAUUCAACUGAAGCGCUUCAAGAAAUGGAUCUUGAACAUGAUUCGUGGGCAGGACGACGAACUUGCAGGCGCCCGCAAGAAGAUGGACACGAAGAUGUCGCGCUUGCAGAGUGCCACGGAAUAUGCUAUUCUCGGCAACACGGAAAAGUUGCAGACAAUGAGUGCCGAGUUGAAGGAGAACGAAGAGAUGCAGACUCGAAUGCUCGAAGAGCAAAGUAAAAUGCUUACGACAGUGAUAGAGAGUCAGGAAAAUGUACGCAACGACCUCAAAGAUAUUCGAAAGUUGUUGAACGUCUUUCAAGAGCAGCGAAAGGAAGAAUCACACGCUGGGAAGCAGAAGAGCGCAAUCGGGAAACCACCUACGUCCAACCGCGUCAGGACUUUCUUCUACGACUACAUUGACCCUGCUCACGAACAUCGCAACAUCAAGGAAUACUUAAUACCAGAGAUGUCGAAAUGGUUUUUGGAAGAAGAUGAGUGGGCUGCUUGGCUCGCGCAAGACAAAGAAAAGGAAACUUCGAAAUUGCUCUACAUCGCUGGUCCACCGGGCUCUGGCAAAAGUCAUAUCGCUUUCACUGCUCAUGAACGACUUGUUCAGUUGGCGCAACAAGACUCUGUUCGGAACACGUGUGUUGUGCAUUACUACUUCCGCGAGACCAGAAAUGAGACGAGGUGUUUUUAUAACGCUAUCAACUGGCUCGUCAUCCAAAUGGCCGAACGUAACAAUCACCUGUGCGAGAAAAUCAACAUUGAGCUUUCCCGCGAAGACACCGACAUCGACAUCAACGACUGGAGAGACAUAUGGAAAAAAGUCAUCGCACCGCUUUUUGAUAGUUCAUCGACGUCUCGCCUACAGAUUGUGUUUGACGGUUUGGAUGAGCUGGCUCCUGAUGGCGUACAACGUCCUGCAGGACUUGAAUUCCUGAAGACGGUCGCUGAGUCAGACCUGAACGUCAGUGUUCUGUGCACAACGCGUUCUACCUCCACGGCAUCUAUAUUUUCGAAGCAGCUGGAUGAGAUUGGAAGUAAGAGUAUAAUGGUGACGAAGGAAAAGCAGCUGCCAGACUACAAGACUUUGAUAUGGCAUCACCUUGAUAAUGACGCCAGGCUGAAGAAUCUGAGUCAAUAUAUGAGGCAGAGAGUGUCCAGUACACUGGAGGAAAAGGCCGAUUGCCUUCUCUAUGCGGAACAUAUCCUCCGAAGAUUCAAUAACUUGAGCCGAGAGCCGCUCAUCCUUCGACACCUGGACCAUGAAAUGCCUGAAAAUCUUGAGAAGCUAUACAGUGUCAUCUUGUCUGACCUACUACGCAAGACGAACAGUGAACAACGAAAAGCCUUGAAGACCCUGUUCUUAUGGAUCGCCUUCGCUGUGCGUCCUAUUACUCUGUCCGAGGCCAUGGUCAUCGUUAAGCUCUCGCCAGGGAAUCUCGAUCUAGAAGAAGAGCUGCAAGAUCCUCAACUCGGCCGUUUCCUACGGAUUGCUGACCGCAUAGAAGAGGUAGACCUGUCAUCUCCCUCAGCGGAUACUGAUCUGGACGACUUGCAGGAGCAAGGAAGUCGUCAUGAGAGCGCUUCCGAUGAUUGGAAUCUGCCGCUAAAGUUUCAAGAGCGCUCUAUGCGCGACUAUUUCCGCGUCGCCAAAUUUGACGAGGAUCCUGAUAGCUUGCGCACUACGGGCUUCGAGGCACACCGGCAGAUUUUUGUUACACUUUCUCGGAUCCUCUGCGAGAAAUCUGACACAGGUAUCAGCGAUAGGCUGCGUGGAUUCGCAGGGAGCUCCUGGUUCAUGCAUCUGGGCUGGGCGUGGUGGUAUAAUAAGCUUGGCCGCCCGACAGAAGAGCAAAAGAUUGAGCUCCUAGAAGCCAUGGCUGCGGUGUUCAAUGGUGAAGGUGGAUCAAGUGCCAACAUUGAGAAGCAAGAUAUUUAUUACGAAUAUCUCGGUACUAACGGCUUAGAAACGAAGGUGAAGUACUUUGCGGAGGUUGCGAGUGAGGUAGGAGAAGGAAAGCUAAAGGAAAGUACCAGCGCGUGGAUCAGAGAGAUAUCGACCAGCUGGGAGAAAGCUUUCAUCAAUUUGGCGAAAGCUCACAUCGGGAGGUGGUUUUCCGCAACGGAUCUGAAGUCUGCUAAGCAGUCAUAUAGAUUUGCACGGAGUGCCUUGGGCAUGACUGACCUAAAGCAUCUUAAACAAGAGAUCGAUUACGAUGAAGACUCUGAUGAAGAGACCUUGAACUGUGAAGAGAUCUUAGCCAUCUCUAAAGUAUUUCCGGAUAUCACAGACAAGAACGCCUCUUACGCAGUUGCUCUGCUUUUAUACGACUCUGAGUACUACAUAGAUGCCCUUCCAGAAGCCGAAAAGGCCCUCGAAUUCGCGUCAUCCGACCCAGUCAAGAAAUUUCAUGCGACUGAUCUCCUCGCCAACGUCCAGUACGCGCUUGAAAAGUACGAAGCUGCCCACAGCACGAUCACUUCCACACUUUGUGACACUGCAGACAUUAAUCCAGCUCAGGUCCGCCGUUCACUUGUCACUCGCGCCAAAAUCGAGUCUGCGCAGUCGCUGGUAGAAGAUGCUAUGGCAAGCUAUGAAGAGGCACGGCGCGCACUACCAGACACGCCCAUGCUGGGUGAGGACCUGCAGGACCAACUUGGCUCCCUCGUUUCCAACAAGUAUGAUGAUCCUGCUGCCAUUGUCAACGCAGUCAAAAGCUGGACACCGCUUGAACGUCUCGCUUGGGCAACAUGGAAGUACGAUGUUGACGGCGAGCAGCAUCUGGAUUUCCAGCGGGCAUGUGGUCGUGCAAAGGAGAUAAACUUCAUGGUCGCCACCUACAAGGAAAUCAUAAAAAUGCUCGAUGCUGUGGAUGCCGGCGCACCCAUGCGAAAGGAGCUUGCACUUACACAGUGGGAAGUAUGUGGGGACUUGGCCGCUGCGAAGGAACUCCUUGACGAGAUACUAGACAGGGAAUCAGACGGGUCGGACUACAGGUUCACAGGGCAAGACUCCUCCUGGAACAUGGUGCAGACCAUCGAUGCCAUUAGUAACGUCCUCUACGAACAGUUCCGCACGACUGCCGAUCCCAAGCAAAAAGCCGAUAUCAUCGCAGAAAUGAAGGAGGUAACGAACCGGCCGCUACCACGAUCGAUCUCGUCGUGGAAGUCGAUGCUUAACAGCCAUAGACUGAUCUUAGCACGCAUGGUAAAGAAAAUGGGGCCCGUCUCCGAGUACCAGAACCUUCUCCAGCAAAUAUUUGACGUUUGCUAUGAUUCUUUGACUGAUAAUGUUGGGUGGAACGACUCGGAUAAUUUGCGGUCUUUGGCUAUGGUGCUCUCGGUGAUGGGUGGGUUCAAAAAAGAGGCGCAGAUUUUGAUAUCGGCGAUUUUCUCGAACUUGGAUAAGACUCUGGAUGCAAACGAAGAUGAGAAAGAGGGAGAGCAAGAUGUUGACGGCGAAGCCAGGCCAGAAAUCGAUGACCAAAAUCAUGAGACGCAUGACCAGGACCAUGAGAAGCAGGAUCAUGGAGAUGACGAGACUGGCGAUGGAGACGACGAGGACGAGGACGAGGACACCAGUUCCACCUCCUCCCUCCCCACCGACGAAGGUGACCUGCUAGGCGAUAGUGGGUACUUCUGCUACGGAGAGUGCACCGACGGUACUCGCUACCGCGCCUGGAAAGGCCGUGCCCUGUAUGUCUGCACCAUUUGCGCGGACGUCAUAUUGUGCGAGGCCUGCUUCCAGAAACGCCAGGAGUACAAUGAAGGCAUCUCAUCUCCAAGAACAAAGGUCGGGGCUGAGUAUUGCGGUAUAAACCAUCAAUAUCUGAAGGGUCCAGUCGAGGGGUGGAAGGGUGUGAAUGACGGGGUAAUUAUGCUUGAGGGAGAAGAGGGAGUGGGGCUUAAGACGUGGUUGGCGAGACUGAAGGAAGAGCGGUGGAAGGGCGCAUGGGAGGCAUUCUGGUUGAGGGAGGAUUAG